CCUGGACUAAAAAAUAAAAGCAGGGUGCUUUUGUUAAACCAGAGGAAGAGGGAGCUACAUAUUAUUAUUUAUAAUAUAUUAUUAAGAAGAAGAAGACUGCACACAGAAGUGGGAGAGAAUUGAACAUAUCUAUCUUGAGCAGGGUUUCUACUAAAUGCUCCUACAUUGAGGAAGAAGAGCCAGGCUUUGGGAUUGGGCAGCAACCAGAUAGCGUAACACCCCCCUCCUCCUCUCUGUAGAGAAUUGCGUUAAAACGAAAAAGGAAAAGGCCUGCGCUUUAUCAGUAUUACGGGAUUUUUUUUGUUUUUCUCCUUAUAUAUUAAACGAGGACCCGUUGCUGGCUGGUGUAUGUGUUUAGAAUGGGACACGCUGAAGGUCCAGUCAAAGAAAAAGACAGUUAAGGAUGCAGGAGCCCAACAAUGGAUUUCUCCUUCUCUUUCAUGCAAGGGAUCAUGGGAAAUACAAUUCAGCAACCCCCUCAGCUCAUUGACUCAGCCAACAUCAGACAGGAAGGCACCUGUGACACCGGCAGUGAUCCAGGCGAGGAUGGUGGUCCAUCCUACGAUGCUGCCCUGGAUGCAGAGUUUUCCUACCCGCCGUCAGCCGCGGAGGAUAUGUCGCAGGUCUCUAACGGCUACCCGCCUGUUCUGGGCAUGUACGAGCCGCAGGCCAAGUUCUCCAUGUACUCGCAGUUCCCCAACGGCUCGGCUAACGGCUACGGGGCCAUACGGAGCUACGGAGAUCACGGCCUCAUGCCGGGGGAGGGGACGGUCCUGAGAGGCCCAGGUCUCCAGGAGAGACCUUUGUCUCCUGUGUCCCCCCCUCUGCCCACACAUCACCCACACCUCCACCACCACCACCACCACCAUCAUAACCCCCAUCUCCACCAGCACGCGCAUCACUUCCACUCAAACCAACCUCAUUUACAAACCCACCCGCACCCUCAGAGUCCUCCACCGCCGCCGCUGCCCUCCCAGCACCACCUGCCCCAUACACCGCACAUCAUGACCCACACUCUCCCCCCUCCUCCCCCGUUAAUCCUGCCCUCCUCCAGUCCUCCCCCGUCCCUUGUGGACAGUACCCCUUCUUCUCAGCCCUCCCUCGCCCUGUCCAACACUUCUGGUGGAGUGCUGAAGAAAACCAGCUCUCCAGAGAUCAAGCUGAAGAUCAUAAAGACGUAUCAGAACGGGAAAGAGCUGUUUGAAUCUGCGCUGUGUGGAGACCUGCUGCAAGAACUGCAGAAGGAGUCUCAGAAGGAGUCUCAGAAGGAGUCUCAGAAGAAUGAGGCCACUCAGAUGCAGCGCAGACAUGAGAGGAAGAAGGAGAAGAGGAAAAAGAGUGUGAGGCUGCAGCUGCAGGUCCAGGAACAGAACCUGGACCUGUGCCAAGCACAGGCAGGUACCACAGAGCAGACAGAGGACAUCCACAUCGAGACCCAGCCAACAGAAACACCCCCAGCCCAGACAGAGAAGCCUCAGAAGACCGUUAUCAAAACUGAACCAAAGACGCCGAAGGUUCCAAAGGUCCAUCAUCCAUCAGUGAUCCAAGAGACGGGCUUCUGUAAGGAGUUUGUUAUAGGGGAUCUGGUGUGGUCCAAGGUGGGCACCUACCCCUGGUGGCCCUGCAUGGUCUCCUCUGACCCGCAGAUGAAAGUCCACACUCGCAUCAACACCAGAGGUCACAGGGAGUAUCACGUCCAGUUCUUUGGCAGUGUCGCUGAGCGAGCGUGGAUCCAUGAGAAGAGGAUAGUCCUUUACCAGGGGAAGCAACAGUUUGAAGACCUUCAGGCUGAGACUCUGCGCAAAGCCUCAAAUCCUGUAGAGAAACACAAACUUCUGAAGCCUAUCCCUCAGCGGGAGCGUUCUCAGUGGGAGGUGGGUGUGGGCCAUGCCGAGGACGCCCUCCCGAUGUCACGGCAGGAGCGUACUGACAACUACACCUUCAUCUACGUUGACCCAGACCCUCAUGAAGGCACGUCCAGUAAGAGACCCAACAUCAGAGCUGAGAAACGAAGCCGGCGCUCCAGCGGUUCAAUCAGUAAGAAGGAAGAGGGAGGAGUGAAGACACCAGAAAGAGAGCAGCCACCACGGCGGCUGCUGCCACGCAGACAGUGUAGUGUUUCAAACACAGACGACACAAUCUUCCCGACUUCAAAUGAAGAGAAGAACCAGCGCAAGAACAGCUGCCCGAAAGAGAACGCUGAACAGCAGGACUCGCCACCACCUGUCAGGGCCUGGAAAACAGCAGCCGCAAGGAAGCUGCUGCCUCUUUCCAUCACCAUGAAGAGGCUGAAUGUGGAGAUCACAAAGUGUGACUGGCCUCUCCUGCAGAAAAAAGUAGCUCCGUCUCCAAAAAAAGACCAAGAAGAAGAGAAGGAGGAGAUAGUGGAGAGAGAGGCCCGGCAGCCCGACCUGGGAUACUGCUCACCUGAGGACAGCAGAGCUAAACCUGAGCCUAGUCCAGAGGAGGAGGAAGACGGGGACGAAGGGGAGGAAGAGGGGGAGGAGAGGAGAGGCUCCCCCGCCAGUCGGAGGAGUGAGGAGGGAGGAAUGCAGCAGACCUCCUCUCCUGGAUCGCACCACAGUAGUCCACACGGUUCUCAGGAGCGGAAGCUACAGCGACGGUCAGUCAGGAGCAGGUCGGAGUCAGAGAGAGGCAACGAUCCCGUCCCGAAGAAGAAAACCAAAAAGGAACAGGCUGAAAUGGCUCCCGAGACCACACUGAGGACCGGUUCACAGAAAGGAGCCAGUGAGAUCUCAGAUGCUUGCAAGCCCCUAAAGAAGCGAAGCAGAGCGUCCACAGAUGUGGAGAUGGCUUCUUCUCAGUACAGAGACACCUCUGACUCUGACUCUAGAGGCCUCAACGACCCACAGGGUUUAUUUGGGAAGAGUCUUGAUAGUCCAGCAGCAGCAGAUGCAGACGCUUCAGAUACUCAGUCUGUGGACUCCGGCUUGUCCCGUCAGGACGGCAGCACCGGCAAGAGGGACACCGUCUGCCAGAUCUGCGAGCUAUACGGAGAGGGCUUGGUGGUAUGUGAAGGUGACUGCAGCAGACAGUUUCACAUGGACUGUCUCGGUCUGACGUCCCUACCUGAAGGCAGAUUCACCUGCUUGGAAUGCAGAAAUGGCAAUCAUCCUUGUUUCAGCUGUAAAACGGCCGGCCGGGAGGUGACGCGCUGCUCUGUGUCUGGAUGCGGUUGUUACUACCACGAGGAUUGUGUCCGUAAACUCCCGGGCACCACCAGCAGCUCGGAGGGAGGCUUCUGCUGCCCUCAGCACAGCUGCUCUACCUGCUGCCUGGAGAGAGACCUGCAGCGAGCCAGUAAAGGCCGUCUGAUGCGUUGUAUCCGCUGUCCGGUGGCCUAUCACACAGGGGACAGCUGCGUGGCGGCAGGCAGCGUCGCCCUCACCCAUCACAUAAUGAUCUGCAGCAACCACGGCAGCGCCAAGAAGAACGGCCUCCUCACCUCUCCCAUCAACGUGGGCUGGUGCUUCCUGUGUGCCAGAGGGCUGUUAGUGCAAGACCUUACUGACACCAUAUUAAGUUCAUAUGCCUAUAAGUCCCACUACCUUCUGACUGAGUCAAAUCGUGCUGAGUUGAAAUUACCUAUGAUUCCCUCUCCUUCGUCAGCUACCAAAAAGAAUGUUGGGAAAGGAGGCAAGUUGCUGUGCUGCGACACAUGCCCGGCUUCCUUCCACCCGGAGUGUCUGGAGAUGGAGACGCCGGAGGGAGCCUGGUCCUGCAGUGAUUGCAGGGCGGGGAAGAAACCUCACUACAAACAAAUUGUCUGGGUCAAACUGGGCAACUACAGGUGGUGGCCAGCGGAGAUCUGCAACCCUCGCUUGGUGCCGUCAAACAUUCAGAGCCUUCGCCACGAUGUCGGCGACUUCCCUGUCUUCUUCUUUGGCUCCCACGACUACUACUGGAUCAACCAGGGCCGCGUCUUCCCCUAUGUGGAGAAUGACAAGAACUUUGUCACGGGUCAGAUCAACAUCAACAAAACCUUCAAGAAAGCUCUGGAAGAAGCUGCUCGGCGGUUUCAGGAGCUUAAGGCACAGAGGGAGAGCAGGGAGGCUCUAGAGCAGGAACGCAACUCUCGCAAACCUCCACCCUACAAACUCAUCAAGUCCAACAAACCAGUGGGGAAAGUGCAGGUGCAUGUAGCUGACUUGUCGGAAAUCCCACGAUGCAACUGCAAACCAGCAGAUGAGCAUCCUUGCAGCCUUCAAUCUCAGUGUCUCAACCGCAUGCUGCAGUACGAGUGUCAUCCGCAGGUGUGUUCUGCAGGAGAAAGUUGUGAGAACCAGUGUUUCUCCAAGCGGCUGUAUGCAGAGACAGAAGUGAUGAAGACGGACGGCCGUGGCUGGGGCCUCAUGACCAACCAGGCUCUCAGGAAGGGGGACUUUGUGACCGAGUACGUGGGAGAGGUAAUCGACUCAGAGGAGUGCCAGCAGCGAAUCAAACGCGCCCAUGAAAAUCAUGUGGCUAACUUCUACAUGCUCACCCUCACCAAGGAUCGUGUGAUAGACGCCGGCCCUAAAGGAAACUCGUCUCGGUUUAUGAAUCACAGCUGCAGCCCAAACUGUGAAACACAGAAGUGGACGGUAAACGGAGACGUUCGCAUCGGACUCUUCACCCUCUGUGAUAUUGAGGCUGACACAGAGCUGACGUUCAACUACAACCUGCACUGUGUGGGCAACAGGAGAUCGUCUUGUCACUGUGGAUCAGACAACUGCUCUGGAUUCCUGGGUGUGCAGCCAACGAGUGCUGUGGUCAUGGAGAAAGAGGAGAAGGCCAGGAACGCCAAGCUGAAGCCAAAGAAGCGGAAGCUGCGGCUGGAGGGCAAACACACGCACGAAUACUUCUGUUUUUGCUGCGGAGAGGGAGGCGAGCUGGUGAUGUGUGACAGAAAGGACUGUCCAAAAGCGUACCAUCUGCUGUGUCUCAACCUCACCAAGCCGCCAUACGGACGUUGGGAAUGUCCUUGGCAUGACUGCAGCGUUUGCGGAGCCCCCGCCUCGUCUCUCUGUGACUUCUGCCCUCGCUCGUUCUGCCGUGAGCACGAGGCUGGGGCGCUCACCUCUUCUUCCCUUGAAGGCCGCCCCUGUUGUUCCAGUCACAACCCCGUCAGUCCCCUGGGCUCCAACUCCAGUUUGACCCAGUCGCGCCACUCUGCUCUGAGUCCCAUCAGCGUCAAAGAGGAGCCAGAGCCGGAGCCGGACCAGCCGGCUUCAGAGUAAAACAGCAGCUCUCUCAAUACCUCAGUCCCCGUAGAGUGCGCUCCUGGGCUCCGAUCCACCUCUGAUCUGAAGCAGUGCACGACCAAAGGGAAUACAGUGCUUUUUGACCAGUGUGAUGGCCGAGCCGAGAAACACCGACGAACAGCUCGACGCUGUUUGAGUCGAGCGCAGAGCAACUGGAGUGACCAGGCAUCAUUGUGCGCCUUUUUCCCCUCCUCUCUUGCCAUAAAACCACCGACACUCUCUACAGCUCGCCUGCGCCCAUCGGAGGGCCACCACCUCAUUAUGGUUCUUUUUGUUUUUGUUUUUACAGCUGUGGAAUCUUUUUUGUGUUGUCACGUCGUCAGAUAACGGCACUUUGCAGAACUCAACGAGCGAGGUGGAGGGAGAGGUAGAGAGAAGAGGAGGAGAUGUGCUGCUGCUUGUUUACCUGCUGUAAGUCGUGGUCGGCGUCUCACACACAGGAUGGCUGUACGGAGACGGGCCAGCCUUUCUCCUCCUCCUCCACAGCCAAUCAUCACUCCAGACGUCAUCAUAUUUACUUCUUCUUCUUCUUCUUCUUCUUCUUCUUCUUCUUCUUCUGCUUCUUCUUCUGCUUCUUCUUCUUCUUCUUCUUCUGCUUCUUCUUCUGCUUCUGCUUCUUCUUCUUCUUCUUCUUCUUCUGAAAGGGGAGAAAUGACCAAUUUUGUGCAAUUCUUUUCAAAUACACUACAUUCCAACCUUCCUUAGACAUGAUUUUAAUAUACUUAUGGGUAUAGAUGAAUAUAAUUAUAUACAGUAUCUAUGUUUGUUAAUGUUUACAGACAGAUUCUCUCACUUCAUCUCGGUGAGUGGUUGUAUUAUGUUUGUUUGUUUAGGUGUUAAGCAUUACGCAGACCUCCUUGUGAAAAUAGUCCUAUUAAGGUGAAAUAUAAUGGUAUAUAGUGUAAUGGUAUGACAUUACAGAAGUACUUGUGAUUUUCAUAUUGCCAAUCUCACUCGCCAUUGUGUACAUAAUUGGCUCAUAAUAUUGUAAAGUACGUAAAGAUCAGGAGGGACGGAGCCUCGCCUCUCUGGUUGUUCCUGGAAGAAGGAAACGCUUUUUUAAACAACAAGACAGAUCCUUUUUUAUUUUCUUUUUUCGAUAAAGUUCCCACAUUUCCUCCGAGCAGUUACUGUCAUUUGUAUUGUAAAUGGAGGGGAUCAGCUUGUGAUCACUGGUGCUGUCUUAAAGUAUUGUUAAUCAGCCUUAAGUUUGAUUCUGGCUGUUGUAACUACUGCCCAGAAUGCAGUCCAUUUCAGUAACGUCGUGUACUGUGACCGCUUUGAUGCUUGUUUUUUGUUUUGCCAAACUUUUUCUGAAAAGCACUUUUACACGGCUUGUCGCUACACAAUUUAGCUAGGUUAUACAUAUACAGAAAUGUAUAUUAAAAGAACAUAAGACAAGUGUUUCAAAAUGGAUACCUCUUCUUCUUGUAGUAACGUCGGAAUUAAAACUGUGUUGUAACUUUUUCCUCUCGGUCAGAAACGUGGUGAGUUGCUGGCCGUGUUUUUUAUUUUUGUUUUCGAGGAAAGUGGUCUAAAUGCUGCUGGUUUCUUUUGGCACAAGUAGGAAUGACUGCCAGCCCGGCUUCGUACAGAAAAGUCCACAGUGUCCUCGAGAGGCACUUUUUAAUUUUCCACCUGGAGAACAUCCUCAAGGCUGGGCUUUAUCUAAAGACGUAAUGGUAUAACAACAGUCCAGUCCAGUAUGAUGUACAAAUACAAACUUCUGUACAGUGUUUUUAAAUCUCUCAUCUGUCAAAUCCAAAUUUUUUGUAUUUAUUGCACCACAUUUUAUACCUUUUCUUUUUCAAACACUAGUGCAGUAAUUUGUCUCCCUCUCCACCACGGUGUAAGUGAAAUAGACUAUUUAAAAAAACAUGGGGAGUUUUACAUAAUAUAUCUGUAUUUAGUCAUUGCAUAUGUUUUGUUGUUAUUUUACAUUUGGUGUAAUGAUUCCACACUUUGGUAACAGCCGCUGCUGAUUGACCUGUAUCGUGACUCACUGUAAUUGGUGUUAAAGCAGUGUGAAGCAGUUCAAUAUAGGAAUGUAAAGUUUCAGUUUCAGAAGAGUGUUUGUGUGUUGUUUUUUUUUUUUUAAAGCCUGGACUGAAGGAAGUGUAUCUGUAAACUGUAUCGCAGCCUUUUGCUUGUGAUUCUGUUUGUGUUUUCUGCCCCUACAUUUUUUUGAUUUUGUUUUAAGUCUCCUGUCGUGGUCGGUGUUAACAGUCAAGCCACAGGGAGAAACCGUGCCAAUGUUUCCAAAUGAUUUCAGUUCAUUUAGAGUCUCUUUGAAUGCAGAGAGUAAAUACACUCAGUCUCCAGUUAAGUAGGUAUACAGAGCUAAAGCUAAUGCAGUCUUACACAACAGUAAAUGCAAUAAGUUAUUAAUAAUAAUAAUAUUUUCUUUUUUUAGACAUAUGUUGAUUUAAUUAUAUGGUUAUUUUGGAGGCUUUUGAAUUGCAUUGUGUUUUACUGAUGGGUGUUUCUGAUAUUUAUUCUACUCUCAUUGAUACAAACAUGGUGGAUAAGAUAUAAGAGAGGCUUCCCUUUUUAUAAUGCAAUACAAUUCAACCGCACCACAAACUGCAUCCAACAAAAUGAUCAUACAGUUGAAUCAACGCCUCUAUAAAAUAGUUUUAACAAAAACUGAUUAUAACCUUCAUGAAGGUAAGAUCUAUUGCAUUAGUUGUUGUGUUGGACUCAAUUUGUUUUAGCUCUAUGUAAUUAAUAAACUGAGUGUAAAUUGUGAGGGAAAAAAGGGUAAAUGGAGCAGCCAUUGAAUGCAGAAAAGGGAGAAAAUUCCAGACAUGAUUUAAGAUUUAAAAAUGUUUUUAAAAAAAAGACUUCUAGUCUCAAACUACACAUCAUUCUGCACAGUUAAGGUCAAACAAUUAAGUAAAGUAACAUAAGCCAAAACACAUGUUUGAGUGGAGGAACACUUCAAUAUGCUAAGUAUAUGCACAUAAUACAUAACGAAUGCAUGAAGCAGACACUUGAUCGGAUAAAGAACGCAGAAAAAAGCUUUGACUUAUUUUUCUGCAUCAUUUAUCAUCAUGUUCAAUGUUGUCACUCUUCUGCACUCAUCAGCUGCUCUUCUUUUGUCUUUCUCUUAUUACUGACCCUUUUUAGGAAGCCUUUUUUUGUGGAUUCUUGAAAAAAGACAACAUUUUAUUUUAGAUUUCUUUAUCUUUACAAAUUUGCCAAACUCAGAGAUGCAUUUUUGUUCAGUAUCAGGUUGGUGCAUCAUUAGGGUCACUUCACUUACAAACUCAAAAUGGUCUGCGUGUCUAAACUUGAAUAUUUUUUUUAUUUAUUGAUGCAUUUCUUCUUACACAGCAUUCAUGCAUGUGUGAUUAUCAGACCACAUGCAUCCUAGAUUUGUGUUUUUGACUUCAGAGAAAACGUGUGACUGAUGAGUUGUGAUUAUAUCACUGGUCUUAAAGUUCUUUAACUCUUUUUUUUUAAGGUGACUGAAAUGCAUGCUUCCAACAUCAGACACUGGUUUAAUCAACUUCAGUCUUUAAAUGCCUGAUUUUAAUGCCAAUGUUUUGUUUUUGUUUUCCUUUGUGUGUUUUCUACCAUGUUGCACAGAUCGUGCAACAGCCUUUAUUUUUUUGCACCUGCAGAUCGCAUGAUCAUGAAUUACUUUGUGCCAGUUUGUCCUCUUCUGUCCCUCUCAGCUGAUGCAGCAGCAGUAUUACGUAUGCAUCAUUUAAGUGUCCCAGCGUGCAUCAUUUCAUUCACUUAAAAUACUCUCUGAUGUAUGUUUUGUUGGUUUAUUCUCAUUGUAGUGCCCACAUUAGUUUUUUAAAGAGAUAGCAUGUUUGUUCUCAUUUAAGUGACCCUUAAAUAUGACUGAGGAGGAAGUGUCCAGGAUUAUAAUUUUUUAUAUACACUUAAAUUUAGGAUGCCCUCCCCCAUUGUAUGUCAAAGGGUAUGUUUCAGUUCACUGUGACGUCUUUUGUUUUUUGUGCAAUGUUGCCGACUAACUCUUUUAAUUGACAUGCUGUCAUAGGAGAAAUAGUGUUUGAAUAAAUAAAUGAAAUCACCUUCGUAAGCACUCAUCUCUUUUUACUCAUAGUAAAAUUACUUACAGUAACUCUAACUGGGGUCAUAUCUAUCUCUCUUGGUGUUGCUUCAAUUAAAACGUGGAUGAACACAAAAUACCAUGUUGAUUACUGUUCGACCUGUGUUACUGCAUACUGCAUAUUGUUGAAGACCUUGUAAAUAGUUUGCAUUGAACUUGCAUAGAAUCAUGUUACUGUGGCGUGCUCUUUUUGCCUGUACAAUUCUGCUUCUAAAUGUGUGUGACUGUUGAGACGACACUCUUUUUGUACAUGACUGUCUUUUUAUUUGAGAAUAUUGAUUCUGUCCUUUUUCAUUCUAAAGUUGAGUUUGAAGAGUUCAGACAUGCCUGAAGUUUGACUUUAAUAAAGCUGUACUCUGUCUCAGUGAAA